UAGGAGCUGAACAGCAAUGGCUGGGAAAGAUGAUCCGGUUGAUAAAAUCAAAGUAAUGACCAAGAAAUUCGUCGAUGGUUUUGUGGAAAACUUACUGGACAGAGAUGUAAUAAAUAGGAGAAAUUUACAAAAAUUAGGAAAUACGAUUGGCGACAUUGUAAAAGGGACUCAAAACCUGUUUGAGGAGUUCAAGGAGCAGAGCGAAAAGGGCAACAUUGUCAUGGUCAUUGGCAACCCCAAGAAACAGCUGAGUUUAAAAUUAGUGCCUGAGAAUCAGGAGAGUGAAUCCGAGAAUGAGACCUCUUCUUCUGUGACUGAAUCAGAAGAUGAGAAUAAGAAAAGUGAAGAUAAGGGAAAAGUUGGAUCAGCCCAGGCAUUGGCUCUCCCUUCAACAGAUCCUUUACAACACAGUGAUGUAUUGAAGCUUUGUCCUUCUGCUCACUUCCAUGAAAUAAAGACAAAGAAGGCAAAUGAGAUAUAUCCAGUGAUGGAGAAGGAAGGUCGGACUCGCCUGGCCCUCAUCAUCCACAACAGGGAUUUUCGGUAUAUUGCUGUUCGAAAAGGUUCUGAAAUUGACCUUUGGGGCAUGGAGUCUCUGCUUAAAGACCUUGGAUACUCAGUGAUCGUAAAAGAGAAUCUCACAGCACUGGAAAUGGAAAAGGAGCUAAAGCUCUUUGCUGACCGCCAAGAGCACCUGACCUCAGACAGCACAUUUCUAGUAUUCAUGUCACAUGGCAUGCAGGAAGGAAUCUGUGGAAUAAAUCACAGGGUGGGAGAGCCCGAUCUUCUUUCUGACGAAACCAUCUUCCAAACUUUCAACAACCGCAAUUGUAAGAACCUAAGGGAUAAGCCCAAGAUCAUCAUCACACAAGCCUGCCGAGGUGAUGGGAAAGGGAUUGCCUGGGUGCCUGACCAGGCUGAGGACUCUGCACGCAGACAGCCUGAGAGGCCCUUUCUGAACAGUGGAAUGAGCACCUUCAUCUACAGUGAUGCAGUGACCCUGAGCCAUCUGGAGAGGGACUUCAUUGCUUUCAAAUCUUCCACUCUAAAUAAUGUUUCUUGGAGACUCGAUUCCAGUGGCUCUAUCUUCAUUUCCCAACUGAUUCGCUGCUUCAAAACCUAUUCUUGGUGUUGUCAUUUGGAGGAGAUUUUUCGAAAGGUUCAGCAUUCAUUUGAGACCCCAGGUGACCUGACUCAGAUGCCCACAAUUGAUAGAGUGACCUUGACGCGCUAUUUCUACCUCUUUCCUGGGAAUUGAAACUCGC